AUGGGCGCUGAGGCGGGCGGGCCGCGGGGCACCGCGCCGGGCCAGCAGCUCCGCGCCCUGUUCUACGCGCUGGCGCCCGGAGAGAGCUCCUUCCGAACGGUGGAGGAGGUGCCCGACUACGUGGAGAAGAGUAUUCCAUUCUUCAUUACUUUCAUUGGACUGGAGUUUGCGGUCAGCUGGAUUCAGAAGCGUAAGCUGCCGGGUCGGAUCAAUGAUGGGAUAAGUUCUCUUUCCUUGGGUAUCCUGUCCCGACUACCAGAUGUUUUAUUCAGAAGUAUUGAGUUAAUUAGUUACAUAUACGUGUGGAAUAACUACAGACUCUUUGAACUGCCCUGGGACUCUCCAUGGACAUGGUAUCUGACACUUCUGGGAGUGGACUUUGCGUACUACUGCUUUCAUCGCAUGAGCCAUGAGGUUAAUAUACUGUGGGCUGCACACCAAGUACACCAUAGUUCAGAAGAUUACAACUUAUUCACAGCCUUGAGACAAUCUGUACUGCAGAAAUACACCUCCUGGAUGUUCAACUUGCCCAUGGCUCUUUUCAUUCCCCCUUCGGUGUUUGCUGUUCAUUUACAGUUUAAUCUGCUUUACCAGUUUUGGAUACAUACAGAGCUUAUCACCAAGCUUGGGCCUCUGGAAUGGAUACUUAAUACUCCCAGUCAUCACAGAGUUCAUCAUGGUAGAAAUCCUUACUGCAUUGACAAAAAUUAUGGUGGCACGCUCAUUAUCUGGGACAGGAUAUUUGGAACAUUUGAGGCCGAAGAUGCGAAAGUUGUAUAUGGCUUAACACAUCCAGUAAAUUCAUUUGACCCCAUCAUGCUCCAGUUACGUCCCUUGGCUCAUAUUUGGAACACGUUUUGGGCCACACCUGGAUUCUGCAAUAAGCUUUCUGUCAUAUUCAAAGGGCCAGGCUGGGGACCAGGCAAACCUAGACUUGGCCUUCCUGAGGAAAUCCCAGUGAUCACUGGAAAGGAAGUUCCCUUCAACCCACACGUACCAGCUUAUCUUAAUUGCUAUGCACUUGUACAUUUUGCUGCAAUAUUGGACUUGUACAUCGAACUUCUUGCUUCUAUGACUAUGUUGUCACAGGGAGCAGUUCUCUUGAGAAUUGGCUUUAUCAUUCUGUCCCUGGCAUCUUUUGGACUACUUAUGGAGAACAAGUCCAAAGCAGGAAUUUUGGAAAUCAUCCGCUGUUUAGUCUUCAUAGUUGCUUACGAACUUGACUACUUUAGGAGUCAUUUUUCCUUCUUGGGCUAUGCAUAUGAGUUGCCAGUAUACAAAAAGGAUUGUAUUAGACUUGCUGGACCAGAUGAGCUCAACUGGACUCAAGAGAGGAGAGGCUGUUCUUGGAGGCUUCUCAGGUCUUGUUUUCCCUCUCUGCUGCGUUCUGGGGAAUCCAAAUUAUGAAGCGGAUCACUUCAUUCAAAGAUAAACACCACUGAAAGAGCAGAUCUAACAUCACCCUAAAUGUGGAAACAGCACUUCAGAAUAACCUUCUAAGUUCCUUGGAAUUAAUCAACCAUGAAUCAUGCUGUAUUGCAAUUAGUUCACUUAUGAUAUGAGAGAUUUGUGAUUUUCUAUGAAGGAUUGAAUGAUUCCUAAGGGAGUAUAAUAAUUCUAUUUGAUUUUUUAAAGAAAUAUUUAAUUUCUUCACAUUUUAAAUAAAAUAUUCAUGCACAGCAUAGAUUUUUGCAUUCGUAGGAUUACAAAUUCUUCAAAACCAUGUAAAACUAUUUUAAUUUUUGCAGUGAUUUUGUUAGUAAUAAUAUGUGAAAAGUGUUUUUCACAAGAGGAAUAAUUAAAAUCAUAUCUGAUGUAACCUGGUAUAAA